AUGGGCUUACAAGUCGGUAUGAACCUUCAGAAGUUCCUCGACAUUCUUUUCGAAGAAGCGUGGAUUCCUCUCAAUGAUCUCGAAAAUGAUGCCGAAAUCGCAGAUCUGGGUAUCGACCGCAUCUUAGCACGCGCCUUCAGUGAUCAAAUCGCCCGGGCGACAUGCUUGUCUCUGCCAGUCGACCAAUUCCAAAGCGUCGACACCGUGCAAAACUUCAUUGACCGCCUGAAGAAAGUCGGCGCUGCACACAAAGGCGAUAAGGGUGUCAAAGCUGUUGAGGUCUCGCCCAAUUCCAACGCUCACAAGCCACAAACUGGAAAGCGGGCCUUUAGCACCGAAAGCAACGAAAAACUGGCGAGCAAACAAGUGCGUUUAAUCUUGCGACUUAAGGGUAAUCCCGUGACGACAUCGAAGAAGGUUUUCCUCAUGCCCGACGGCUCUGGCUCUGCCAUGGCCUAG